GACCCUCGGCAAUUUUUGCCUACGUGACCAACAUCAACUCGUGUUGGUGGUGUGGUGGUGCAGUGUCCCUCCUGAGCAAAAGAAUCCUUGCCAUCACCAAUACACGACGAACGCGAAGCAGGAUAAACAAUUGUUUAUUUGUAAUAGCAAAUCGUACGUACAAGAGCGAGAUGGGUAAUAGAAAACGCAUGGCCUGCGUAAAUACCAUCCCUUGGCGUUAAUAUCCCUUUGGCGUUACCCAAGAAAAAAAGGAGGGUAAUCAUCUUCUUAGGGGGAAGAAUGUAUAAAAUCGACCACCGGAAAAAGUACAGUUGUUAGUUGAUUCCCGAGUACGGUAUUGUAAAGAUUUUCCGCAGAAUUUCCAGCAUCCGAGGAAAGCCAACAGUGUACAAUGGCUCGUACCAAGCAGACCGCACGUAAAUCCACCGGAGGAAAGGCUCCCCGUAAGCAGCUGGCCACGAAGGCCGCACGUAAGAGUGCCCCGUCAACUGGUGGCGUGAAGAAGCCGCAUCGUUACCGUCCGGGAACGGUCGCUCUGCGUGAAAUUCGUCGCUAUCAAAAGUCGACGGAGUUGCUGAUCCGCAAGCUGCCGUUCCAGCGCUUGGUGCGUGAAAUUGCGCAGGAUUUCAAGACGGAUUUGCGUUUCCAGAGCGCAGCUGUGGCUGCCCUGCAGGAAGCAAGUGAAGCUUAUCUGGUUGGGCUGUUUGAGGACACGAAUCUGUGCGCCAUCCACGCCAAGCGCGUAACGAUCAUGCCCAAGGACAUCCAGCUGGCUCGCCGCAUCCGUGGAGAGCGUGCUUAUGCGGCGAUCUCACCAACACAUCCAUACGAUCGACGCUUCCGCGAAAAGUACCAAACCGUUGAAGAGAUGGCCCGUACCAAGCAGACCGCUCGUAAAUCCACCGGAGGAAAGGCUCCCCGUAAGCAGCUGGCCACGAAGGCUGCUCGUAAGAGUGCCCCGUCAACUGGUGGCGUGAAGAAGCCGCAUCGUUAUCGCCCGGGAACGGUCGCCCUGCGUGAAAUUCGUCGCUAUCAAAAGUCGACGGAGUUGCUGAUCCGCAAGCUGCCGUUCCAGCGCUUGGUGCGUGAAAUUGCGCAGGAUUUCAAGACGGACUUGCGUUUCCAGAGCGCAGCCGUGGCUGCCCUGCAGGAAGCCAGCGAAGCUUAUCUGGUCGGGCUGUUUGAGGACACGAAUCUGUGCGCCAUCCACGCCAAGCGCGUAACGAUCAUGCCCAAGGAUAUCCAGCUGGCUCGCCGCAUCCGUGGAGAGCGUGCUUAAGCAUAUGUUUGCCACCA